AUGUCAGUGCAAGAAUCUCUCCACCGUCGUUUUCCCGACUUGGUGUAUGCACCCCUCGUGCAUCCCGACAAACAUCCAGUCUUCAAGUAUACAGGUUUCCAUCCAGGAAAAGUGACAAAACUACCAAAGGGUCAUGUAAAAGAAGCUGGAUACCAAGCUUUUCCCGUGGAUGUGAUCUGGGAGCGAGAUCAGGCCAUUCCCAUGCGGGAUGGAGUCAAGCUAUAUGCAGACAUCUUUCGACCAGCUGCUGAGGAAAAAGUCCCGGCUAUCAUCCCAUGGAGCCCCUACGGUAAGGCUGGGACUGGAAGUCAGAACUAUGACAAUAUGGGUCCAUACCGCAUUGGUAUUCCGUAUCAAUGCCUCAGUGGAUAUGAGACAUACGAGGCAGGUCAAUACCAUUCGAACGCGGAAUGGUGCUCUAGAGGCUAUGCUAUUGUCGACAUCAAUGCUCGUGGAGCGGGUCACUCCGAGGGCAACCUCAUGUUCUGGGGUGAACAGGCGACCACUGAUAUCUAUGAUGCUAUUACCUGGGUAGCUCACCAGCCGUGGUGCAACGGAUCAGUGGUCAUGAUGGGCAACUCGUGGCUCGCCAUUUCGCAAAUCAACUUCGCUUCUCGCUUUUCUCAUCCAAACCUCAAGGCGAUUGCGCCCUGGGAGGGACUGACAGAUCUCUACUCCCAUCAGCUAUGUCGCGGAGGAGCCUACAAGGCAGCUUUCAUGAAUCUGAUUCUCAAAGGAUUUGGAGGAUUUGGACAGGUCGAAGAUAUCGGCUCCAUGGCUCAACAGCGCCCCCUCCGCGACGAGUAUUGGCAGGAAAAGCAGGUCCAUCCCGAGGACAUUAAGGAUAUCCCCAUGUAUCUGACCGCAUCCUACUCGACCGGUUUACACUGCGAAGGCUCAUUCCAUACCUUUGAGGUAGCGCCCACCCCGCGGAAAUGGUUGCGAGUUCAUGCAACCCAAGAAUGGCACGACAUCUACCGCCCCGAAGCGACGGAUGACCUGCAACGGUUCUUUGAUUUCUACGCCAAAGGAAUCCAGAACGGAUGGGAGAGUGAAACACCUCGAGUGCGGUUGAGUUUGCUCGGUUACGAUGGAAGCCCAGCAAGGACUGUUGUGGAACGUCCGGAAGAGCAAUGGCCUCCUGCGCGCCAGCAUAUCCGACGAUUCUACCUGGAUGCCGCUGAGGGGACUCUCGUACCCUCUAACCCAGCGAGGAAUGCUUCUGUUGAACACGAGGGACACUCCCUCACUGACUCCUCGGAUUUUACUCUCUACUUUGACAAGUACACCGAGCUCUGCGGCCGCCCAUUCGUCAAGCUGCACAUGUCCUGCAAUGCAGCAGACGACUUCGACGUCGUUGUUCAGAUCCGCAAAGUCUCCGCUUCUGGGGAACUCCUCGAAUCGCUGAAUUGGUCGCCUAUGCCCAAGCCCCGACCUGAAGUGCCCGAUGUAAACGUCGCUAAGCAUCUCGGCCAGCAGGGGAUGCUUCGGGCUUCCCAUCGUGUCAGUCUCCGUCCUCGAGCGAGUGAGGAUGAAGUGCCUGUCUAUGAUCAUGCUAGUCGUCAGCCUGUUACCCCGGGUGAGAUUGUCCCGUUGUUGAUACCGAUCUGGCCUGUGGGUAUGGUGUUCGAAGCAGGGGAGGGCUUGAUGCUCAGAAUCUCCGGGCAUGAUAUGUCGCUGCCGGAGGUGGAGUUUAUGAGGCUAACGGCUCCGGUGGAUGAGAACAAAGGACGGCAUGUGGUGCAUACAGGAGGGAAGUUCGAUAGCUACCUGGUACUUCCGUUCAUAACCGAGUAG